AUGCUGUACGAUAGGCCACUUCUUUCUGGAAUCAAGGUUGUGGACCCCAAACCGGACGUUUGUUGCCGACCGAGUUGCGUUUGGAGUUGCUUCGACUUCUACCCCAAUGACAGGCGGGUGAGACACCUGCUGUGCCCUUUAUUUGUGAUGCACGGGCAGCGGGAUGACAUCAUUCCGUUUUACCACGGCUAUCGCCUUCACAAGGCUUGCCCGAAGCAGUACCGGUGGCCGCCAUAUUUUCCACCUCGAGCAGGUCACAACGACUUGGUGGAGACCGACUUGCGGACCUACUUUGGCGAGGUUUCCUCCUUCCUUCAGGAUGUGAGACACAUUGCAGAAGGGAAGAAGGUUGAUCCACCAGAUUUCGAGAAGCCGCAGCAGGUGCAGAUGAGACGAGAAACGGAGCCUAGACAGGUCGAAAUGGCGGAUCUCUCCGACUAUUUUGCUCAAGGCUCCGAGAACCAGCCCAAAGUUGGACCCGAGGAUGGUCGAUACGAAGAGCUACGGAAGGGGAACAUCUUGGCGCAGUUCGGUCCCAACGAGGCGAAUGGCCAGGCUCGUGACUUGAGAUGA